UCCAUUCUAGCCAUAGAAUUCUUUGAAUUCUUUUUUUGUAAUUUUUCUUGUUCUAACUAUCAGCGUCAACUUUUAUUAUUUACUUACUGAUUUUGUUUGUAGCCCUGCUUGCCACUUUGCCCCUUAUCCCAGUUUACUUCGGUCUUUUUGGCCAUAUCAGUGGUUCAAGACGCUCUCCUAUUUUAAGAUGCUACGUGCUUGAGAAGGAUAGCGGAUUUCCCUGGGAUCCUUGACGAUUCAAUUUGAACCCAUAGGCAAGAUCAUGUCGAAGCGAACACUGCAGACGGACGACACAAUCGGCGCUACAGGCUCCGCAUCGCUGCCAUCCUCUCCGCGCUCGCACACCGACCCCUCGGAGUCCCGCUCCUUCACCCCGCCCCUCUCCGCCUCCUCCUCCGUGUCCUCCUCCUCCAGUAUUCCGCGCAACCGCUCCUUCCCUCUGGUGACGGCAGCGUCCUCCCAGGACGCUACGGACGAUGGUGAGCCGUCCAAGAAGGUUCUGCGCACCGUGGGCAUUCAACCCCCUCCGACGCGGGAAGUGAAACCCGUGGCGAAAAUCCUCUCCGAAGAGGAUAACCAUUACGAGCGCGCGAUUCAGACCAUUCUGCAGUAUGAGAACCGCAACGGGGAAGAGCUACCGUUACCGGUGGCGGAUACACCGGCGCGUGCAGCGUAUCUCAGUCGUUUGGAAGCCAACAAGCUGUCGGAGCGCGAGGUGAAAGAGUUUCCCGAAAUUGCCCAGGGUAACGAUGCCUCGAAAGAUCUGCAUCUCCUCCUCCGAAACAAAAUUCUCCAGAUGUGGCUGCGCAAUCCCAGACGGCAUCUGGUGGUGAGGAGUGUACUGGUGGCGCUGGCUGAACAGGAUCCGAAUUUGGCGUUCGAUCAGGAACAUGUGAUUCGAAUUAUCCGCCUGUUGAAUCGGACCUGUGUCAUUAAUUAUGGGGAUUUCUCGGUGGAACGGCCCACACCGCCCGGACGACAGCAGAAGCAUAUUGUUGUGAUUGGUGCCGGUUUAGCGGGAUUGGCCGCUGCUAGGCAGCUAAAGCAUUUUGGUUUUCGUGUAACGAUACUGGAGGGCAGGAAUCGGCCGGGAGGGCGGGUGGAUACGUGGUUCAGCUCGACAAAUCGAUCGAAUCUGGCUGAAAAGGGCGCUAUGCUUAUAACGGGCCUGGAAGGAAAUCCUCUUUUCACUAUUCUGCAUGGCCAGCUGGGUGCCAAGCUGGAAAGUGUCGAUGUGCGGUGCCCAAUAUUUGAUAGCAAUGGAUCUCCUCUCUCGCAAGAGAACGACGAAGCUUUAGAAAACGAAUUUGAAGACCUGGUAUUAUCCACUCCCAGUUACUAUCAAAAUCAUCUCGCCGAACGCACCACGGACGGUCGUCACUACGGCUUGGGGCAGUGCGUAGACGAAAUACUUAAACUGAAAGAACUGGAGGUGGCCGUGAAGAAUAAUCAGUUCAUCGAAGAGAAACUCAAUAAUGUGCGGAAACUGAAGGAACUAUACCUCUCUCGUACCAGUUUAUAUUACACUGCUAAAACAUAUUUGAACGACUAUAAUAAAGCCGUCCUGCAAGCCAAGGGACAGCAGAGCGGUAUACUGCGCGACGCUGUUCUGCAAUGCCGCAGUCGCCUAAUGAGAUUAAAUAGCGAAAUUCAGGACGUCGAGGUGCAAAUCCAGGUCCUGGAAGCCCUACCUGAGCCCCAGUCGCUCUGUGAUGAAAGCUAUUCCUACCUGUCGAACGCCGAUCGCAAAGUGAUGCUGUGGCAUUUGGCCAAUUAUGAUUUCGCCAGUGCCGCUACGAUUGAGGAAUUAUGCGUGGAGCACUGGAGUAAUGAAGAGGAGAAGGAGUUGAAGGGCGGACAUUUCCUCGCGUCUACCGGGCUAUCGCAAAUGACAGAAAAACUGGGUACGGGAUUGAAUAUUGUGUUUAAUCACCGGGUAACCAAGAUUUCCUACGAUCAAAAUGGGGCCACUGUGACAGCCAAAGGACUGUACAAUGCGGCGCCCAAAGAUUAUCCUUGUGAUGCCGUCGUGUGCACCAUUCCCUUGGGUGUCCUAAAGCGAUGCGGUACGAAAGAUGGCGUGACGUUCAGCCCGCCGUUACCGGCGAAUAAAUUAACCUCCAUCAAGAACCUUUGCCCGGGAAUAUUUAACAAGGUUAUUCUGACAUACGCGCGGAAGUUUUGGAAAGCCAAACGGACGCUAUUCGGUUAUUGCAAUGGGAAUAACGAGAAACGCGGGGAAUUCUUUAUGUUCUGGGCGCUCUAUGAUCAGCCCGUCAUUGUAGCCAUGGUAGCGGGGAAGGCCGCCCAGGCCAUGGAGAGUAUGGAUGAUGCUGUGAUAGUGCAGUCAUGCACGCAGGUUUUACAGAAGAUAUUCGGGAAGAAUUGUGUCGUCUCACCGAAGGAGUCACUAGUGACGCGCUGGGGCGCGGAUGAGUAUGCGCGGGGCGUAUACAGUAGUGUGCCGGUGGGAGCGGUGGGCGCGGAUUUCAGCUGUUUGGCUGAACCGAUUGAUGUCGCGGGGAAGCCACGUGUCUGCUUUGCCGGAGAGCAUACCGAGUACAGCUUUCCCGGCACCAUGCACGGCGCAUUUCUCAGCGGCAUGAGGGAAGCAACAAGGAUCGCAGAUGCCUACAAUGGCACUGAUAACAUUUAUUAGACGCGCAACUAUCGUUUUUUAUAGUUUGUUAAAUUUCUCACCAAAUCGUUUUAUAUACGUGUAUACUUGUGCAUUAUCGUUUAUUGUAAAUUGAAAUUGAAAGUUGCGGGCAGUAGAGAAUAUUUAUCCUACGGGAGUGGUUUUCCUUUUGCAUUAUGCUCUUUUGCCUAUUCUGCGUCGUCGAUUACGACUGCCGGUUUUUUAAUCGUCAAAAUAUUUUCUCUCAGCUGAACGACCGGUUUGUAUACUCUGUACGUACUUGAUUUAAUGGAAAUAAAAUGGAAGACAGAAAG